AUUAUUUAAUAUUUUAUUUUAAGAUAAUAAUAAAACGGGACUCCAAUUUUUUGUGCAACGACCGUAAGCUUGGAGAAGGAGAGAGGGAGAACCCAGCUUGGAGAGAGAGAGAGAGAGAGAGAGAGAGAGAGAGAGAAUGGAAUCGGCGGCAGGCACUCAGGCUCCUCAGAGUCUGCACAACGUCUUCGUGUACGGGAGCCUCAUGACCGACGAGGUUGUUAAAGUGCUCUUGAAGCGCCUCACUCAGUCGUCACCUGCCAUUCUCAACCACCACCAUAGGUUUAGCAUCAAGGGACGUGUUUAUCCAGCUAUUUUACCAGUGGAGAAUAUGACAGUUACUGGGAGGGUUCUACUGGGUAUCACAGCUCCUGAAUUACAUAUAUUAGAUACCUUUGAGGAUGUUGAGUAUGAAAGGAGCAGUGUCGAGGUUUCUUUGAUGGAUUGUUCUGAGAAGUUACAAGCUAAUGCUUAUAUAUGGGCCAAUAAAAAUGAUCCGAACUUAUAUGGAGAUUGGGAUUUUGAGGAAUGGAAAAAACUACACAAGGAUGAUUUUAUCAACAUGACCACUGGUUUUAUGGAAGAGCUGGAGCUGCCUGAAUCAAAAACCAGAGUCGCCACCUACGAGUCAUUCUUUCAGGACAGUGAUAAUCCGUCAGCCUCCUAAAGUUGUCAUUAAUGUCUCACAAUUGUGGAAUUAUCUCCAUAAUCAUAGAGGCAUUAUUUUCUAUAUGCAAUUAUUCACAAUAAUGCCAUCCAUUAUAGUUGUUCAUGGGUGCUUGAGAGCUUUAUUAAUUCCAGGUCAAAGAUGAUUCAUCUUAUCUUGUAGUUUGUGUGACUUUGAAAACUGAUUGCCUGGAGGUGGGGCUAUAUUAUGCAA